AGGACAUAUACUGGAACAGACAUUUGGGUUAAUAUUUAUUCAACAUUUACAGGAGAGAAGCCAAGAUGUCUGCAGAUUUGUGCUGGCAGAUCAUAAGAGGUAAUCAUUCUCAUCUCCUUAAGAAGAGGAAUGUCAAGAAACCAUUUUCCACUGAACCUAACAACUUGAAGAAUGUAAACAGUGCCCGUUAUAAUGGCCUCUGCAAGAAGAAGGUUAUUGGCAUUGAACCUGCCCCAGGUGGCAAGGGAAUUGUUCUUUCCUUCAAGACUGCAAAAUACCAGAACAAGCCAGCCAAAAAUAUGGUAAAGACCACCAUUAAAGCUGGGCCUCGCCGAGCACUCAAUUCCAUUCGUAGAUUCAUCCGCUACAACCACUACAGGAAGGAUCUAAAAAUGGCUUCUCUUCGACGAGCCUCUGCCAUCUUCCGUUCCCAACGUGCUCAACCUUUCAGGAAAGCUCGUCGUAGGACUCACAAGGUUGCCAAGAAGACAACAGAAUAAACCUUGCUUAUAAAGACAGAAA